AUGUUUAGUAAUACAUUUAAUCGUCUACAAGUAGAUAUAGAUUGUAUAUGGAAAUUUCAACAUUAUUCAUUAGUAUGUUAUCAUUUAACACGUCCAUGUCUUCCACCACCAUUUAUAUUCAUAACGCAUAUUUGGCGAGGAACACUUUACUUUUUUUCACAUUACGUUCAAUCAAAAUGGUUUAAAUUAAGAUAUAUUAAAUAUAAAAAUAAAGAAAAAUUUAGUAUAGUGAUUGAUAUAAGAUUAAUAAGAAAUAUUGAAGCUAUUGAAGAUGCAUUGGGAAAUGAAGUUUACUAUUUUGUUUCUAAAGUUGAUCGAAAACAAUCUGAUCAUCAAAUGGAUUUUGAUGAAGAAAAAAUCUCUUCUCCACAAGAAAUUGUAUUGAAUAAGAUAAAAACACUUGAAUAUCAACAAGAUGACAUGUUUGAAUAUUUGGAAUGUUUAAUGAAUGGAAUUAGAAAAAUUGGUGGUGAUGAUAUUGAAAUGCCGAAACGAUCUCGUCGAGAUUCAGAAUUGUUUUGUAUACAUGUUGGAAAUCGAGAUUCAAGAGAACGAGCAGGUUCACUCUACCAUCAUUUCCAUGGCAAACGGAAUUCUACAACAUUCGAUACAACAUCCGAGAGUUUACCAAUCAAACGACCACGUUUACCUCCUGUUUCGUAUCCAACUCUUAUGAAAUUACUCGAUAAAUCACCAGAGGAGAUUCUCACUGGAAUGCUUGAUCCAAAUUUUCAAUUAAACAAAUUUUUAAAUGAUAAACGUAUGCAAGAACGAGACGAUUGGGUUUCUUCAAUGACAAUAUUACUUGAAAAGAUGACACAAUGUACUGAAUCACGUGAACGUAUCACAAUGAUCUUGGAACAAUUACCUAACACACUUUAUCUUGAAGGUGUUUAUAAUAAAAUUCGAAAACUUGAUCCUACUACCAAUCAAUUCAAUUUCAAAUUAAUUGAAUUAUUUCUCAAAAUCUCGAAUACAUUACUUGCGAUGAUACCUCAUUCAGCUGAUGGUUUUACUAAAAUUUUUGAUCGGAUUGAACUACAAUUUACUAAAAAUAAAUUUGAAUCACGUGAAUUCGAAGAUGCAAAAGAAAUCCUUGAUCAAGUACUUGAACGAGUUAAAGAUAUUGAAAAAGUAUACACCACGAAUAAAAUUACAACUAUGCAAAAUGAUAUUGGUCAACCACCCAAUGAUUAUCGUCAAUUACACAUUGUUCCCGAUCUAAUGGAACUUUUAUCUGAACAACGACAAUAUCUUCGAAAGAAUAUUGUUGAUGGCGUUUAUGAAAAUGCUGAGCAAUAUCUUGAUAUUCAUUUCCGUCUUUUGCGUGAAGAUUUUAUUGGUCCAUUACGUGAUGGUAUUCAACAACAUUUAUUCAAAGUAAAAAGCAAAAAUUAUAAUGUACGAAUCUAUGAAAAUGUUCAAUCACUUGGCUCACGAUUAACUCCACGAAACGGAAUUGUUUAUGAUUUACGGUUAGAUGCAAAACUAGCAUCGAGAAUUCGCUGGGCUAAUAGUCGACGUUUAAUCUAUGGAAAUUUAUUACUUCUUACAUUUGAUAAUUUUCACUCAUGUGUAUUUGUUACUGUUGAAGAUCGUUCACAACUCGAAAGAAAUUAUACUAUCUCAGUCAAAACAUUAGAAGACUUUGAUAAUUCAAAAGAAAAUCAAAUUAAUCUUGAUAAAAUUGCUGCAUCAUGUCCUUUAACAAUGAUUGAAACAAUGACAUAUUUCGAAGCAUAUCGUCCAGUUCUAAAUGCAUUACAAAUGAUACCUUCUGAUCAUCAAUUUCCUCUUGCUCCAUUUCUUCUGAAAUUAUCGAAUGUAAUGAUCCCACCAGAUUAUAUUAAGCCAACAACAACAUAUGAUUUUACACCACUUCUUGUUGAUCCAAAUCUUCCAAUAAAUUAUAAACAAACACAUCAAGUGGAGAAAAAAUAUAGAACAGUUCCAGUACUUGAAAAAGAUCAAUGGCCAACAAGUGAACAAUUACAUCUUAAUCCAAAACAAUACGAAGCUUUGAUUCUAGCUUUAACUAAUAAAGUUGCAUUGAUACAAGGACCACCGGGCACCGGAAAAACAUAUCUUGGUGUGCGAAUAACAGAAAUGCUCUUACAUAAUCGAUCAGUUUGGCGUCGAUUUGAUGAACAAUCCACGCCCAUUCUGAUGAUCUGUCAUACCAAUCAUGCACUUGAUCAAUUUUUAGAAUUAAUUGUCAAUCGAUUAAACAUAUCGCAUGGUAUUAUUCGUGUUGGAAGUCGAUGUCAAAAUUCAAGCAUUCAACAAUUUUCAUUGAAAAACGCACGGCAACGCGCUCGAGAGAAUCGGUCUCUACCUAAGGAUAUCCUUCAUCAAAAAUGGGAUAAGUUAGCUGAAAAAGUAGCGAUUGAAGAAGUUUUAAAAUCCAAACAAAAUGAAAUGGAAAAAUCACGAAAUACUAUACUAUCUCUUUCAUUCUUUACUCAGUAUCCUAUUAUUGAUCAAACACAUCUUUCAUCAUUAUUAGCAGCAUAUGAUGGCGAUACGGGUGACAUAGCACUAUUACAAUGGCUUGGUUUUUAUUCUGACUUCGAACGAAUACCUGAUCAUUUUAUUCAUCGAGAAAGAGAUGUUUUACCAAUGGAAACAAAUGAUACUAUGAAAGAAAUGCAGGAAGAUGAAUUUAAUGAAGAAGACGAAGAAGAAGAACGACGUAGACAUGAUGAUGAUAUUGAUCUAGAAGAAUAUGCGCCAACUCCAGGAAAUCUCAUGGAUAGAAGAGUAUCAUCAACAGUUGAGAUUAAUAGUGGAAGAGAAAGACAAACUGUACAAAAUCAAGAGAAUCAUUAUCAUCGAUUCAUCCGAUAUAUCACUGAGAGUCCUACUACGCUCAAUGAUGAAACAGUAAAACGAAUAAAUGGUAAUAUUUGGCAACUCCAUAUGGAAGAACGUUAUGAUUUAUAUCGAUAUUGGCUUUUGAAAUAUCGACAAUAUUUACAGAAUUCUCUUGAUAAUCAAAGUCGAGAAUAUAAUCAGACUGUAUCAACUCUUACUGAAUAUCGUCAAGAAGAAGAUUAUCAUCUUUUAAAAAAUAGUAUUAUCGUUGCUAUGACAACUACAUGUGCUGCGAAGUAUCACAACGUUUUAGAAAAACUUCGAAGUAAAAUUGUUAUUGUUGAAGAAGCAGCUGCCACAUUUGAAGCACAUAUCAUCACUGCCUUAAGUACCAAAUGUGAACAUUUAAUAUUAAUUGGUGAUCAUGUACAAUUAAAACCUAAUCCAAGUGUCUAUCGUCUGGCAGUGAAAUAUCAAAUUGAUGUAUCAUUAUUCGAACGGUUGAUUAAGAAUAAAUUUCCAAAUGUUCAAUUAAAUAUUCAGCAUCGAAUGCGACCGGAAAUUGCUCGUUUGAUGAAAUAUUUUUAUGAUGACUUAGAAGAUCAUGUCAAUGUGGAAAGCGAACGAGCACCAGUACGUGGUAUUGAUAGUAAUUUAUUCUUUAUCAAUCAUAAUCAUAUGGAAGCUAAUGUUGAUGACGGACGUUCAUACCGAAAUGAAUUCGAAGCGAAAUAUGUUAUUGAAUUAGCACAAUAUUUAAUCAAGCAAGGUUAUAAUCCUCAACAAAUCACUGUACUGACUAUGUAUCUCGGUCAAAGACAAUUCAUUGCAAAACUAGCGAAACAAAGAGCACUUUUAUAUGGCGUUCGAAUUAUGAUAACAGAUAAUUAUCAAGGCGAAGAAAAUGAUAUUAUUAUAUUAUCAUUAGUGCGUAAUAAUCCAGAGAAAAACAUUGGUUUUCUGAAAACACAUAAUCGAAUCUGUGUCGCUUUAUCUCGUGCACGUUGUGGUCUGUUUGUCAUUGGAAAUAUGACCUUAUUAGCCGAAGUUGAUGAUAUGUGGAAGCAAAUCGUUGCAUCUGUAUCGAAAACAAAUAAUCUUGGAAAUGGUUUAUCUCUUUCUUGUCGUCAACAUUGGAGAAAUAAAUUCAUCGCUGAUAAACCUGAAUCAUUUGCACAACGUCCAGAAGGUGGCUGUAGACAAACAUGUGAUGCUCGACUUCCAUGUGGUCAUCGUUGUGAACGAAUGUGUCAUAAUUAUGAUUUCGAACAUAAGGAUGUAGUUUGUCAUAAACAAUGUCCUGAACGAUUAUCAUGUGGUCAUCCGUGUAAAAAACGAUGUCAUAUCGAAACGCCAAAUCGACAUAAUCAAUGCAGUGUUUUCGUCGACAAAAAAAUUCCAGAAUGUGGCCAUAAAAUUCGUAUUGAAUGUUAUCGAACCCCGACUACCAGCGAUUGUAAGAAAUCACCAUUACGUCGAUUAGAUUGUGGUCAUGAUGCUGAAGUUCCAUGUCGAAUUAUUUCAUCCCCAUCGCAAUUAAAACGAUUUUUUUGUCCAGAACUAUGUGGAAAAAUGCUUGCUUGUGAACAUAAAUGUAUUGGAAAAUGUGGAAAUUGUCGUGCGGGGAAAUUACAUAUGGCAUGCGGUGAAAAAUGUGAGCGUCAAUUGAUCUGUUCACAUGCUUGUAAAGCGCCUUGUGCAAUGAAUUGUCCACCAUGUUCCCGUCUGUGUGAAACACGCUGUGCACAUUCUCGAUGUAUUGGUAUAUGUGGUGAACUAUGUCCUCCACAAUGUCGUUGUUGUGAUAAAUCGAGGGUGCAAGAGAUACUCUUUGGUACUGAAGAGGAACCGGAUGCACGGUUUGUUUUCCUACCUGAUUGUGGACAUAUAAUUGAGGUAACUUCACUCGAUCAAUGGAUCAAGGAUUUUGAGAAUAAUCCUAACAAUAAAACAGCGAUUCGUUUUCCUGAAUGUCCACGUUGUCGACAAAGAAUUUAUCAGUGUACACGAUAUAUGUCCAUUUUAAAUCGAGUACAUGAAUCUAUAUCCCAAGUGAAAAGGAAAAUCUUGGGGAAUAAAUCUCAAGAAGAAAUGGACAAUCGAAGAACACAAUUAAUUGCAGAAUAUGAAAAGAUAAAGAGGAAUUUACAAAAAAUUAAUCUUGUUCAAUCCAUCAAAGAUUUGUUUUCAGAAUUAUAUAAAGAAAAUCGAUUCUUUUCUGAUGAUAUGUUCAAUUUGAUGACGAAUAUUCUUACAUUUCUUAAUGAAAUUGAUGCAGUUUUAAUUGACGGACGGAAAAAAUUAAAAGAAAGUAUGUUUGAAGAUUUAGUUAAUGAUCCACUGCGACAUAUUAUGAAAUAUUUAUCUGAACCACGACGGAAUCGAAAUUUUGCUGAACAACAAUUAAACGAUAUUCAAUCUGAAUUCAAACGUAUUCGUCGAGUCAUUCAUAUUGAAGGUCUUGUUUCUACAUUAAAACAAACUUUGAAAGAAGAUGAAAAAGAAUGUAUAGAUUCGAUGCAACAUUUGACAAAAAAAUCUGGUCCAUUUACGGAUGAAGAUCGACAAAAAUUUGAUGAUUUAGUUAGAAAAUUUGAACAGAUACAUCAUUUACCUGGCUUAGGAAUAACCGAUAGUGAACGAAUUAACAUUGUUCGUGCAUUGAACAUAUCAAAAGGACAUUGGUUUAUUUGUCCAAAUGGUCAUCCUUAUGUUAUUACUGAAUGUGGUGGUGCGAGCCAAGAAAGUCAAUGUCCUGAUUGCGGAGAACAAAUUGGUGGGCAAAACCAUCAUUUAUUAGAAAGCAAUCAUCAUUUUGGUUUAAUGGAUGGUUCACAACAUGCAGCUUGGUCAAACGAAGCAAAUUUAAAUUGA